AUGGAGUCUGCCUAUUAUCUUGCUAUCGGCGUAACUGGCUUUCUAGGAUACCUCAUCCUGUUGAAGCAACGACCUCUUCCUUCGCCUCUCCCCCCAGGCCCCAAAGGCUGGCCUGUCCUUGGAAAUAUUGAUGUUCUCCCUUCAAGUCGCGCAUGGGUCAAAUACUCAGAGCUUGGACACCAAUAUGGUAGCAUCGUGUACCUCAAAGUAAUGGGCAAAUCGAUGGUAGUUAUCAACGACGCCAAAUAUGCGUUCGAUAUGUUGGCCAUGAAGAGCCGUUGCUUCAGCGAUCGCCCCAAGUUCGUGAUGGGAGGACAGCUGGUUGGUUGGGACGAAUGCCCCGGCCUUAUUCCCUUCUCGGAAACCUGGUUAGAGUAUCGACGUCUUUUUUCUCAAUUCAUGGGCACAAAGUCCAAGGUCGCGGCCUUGCAAAAUGUGUUACACGAUGAAACCCGCGCCUAUAUCGAUAGUAUCUUCAAGGAUCCCCGGAGGUGGGUCCAACACUCACAAAGAUUCUCUGGUGGAAUUGCCCUUAAGAUCACCUAUGGCUAUUCCGCCGAGCCAGAGGAUGAUCCACUUCUAAAGCUCGUUGACGAGGUCAUGGCACACUUCUCGGAUACCAUGCGUGCCAAUGCGUAUAUGGUUGACUUAUUCCCUAUUUUGCGCUUCGUUCCGCAAUGGUUCCCCGGGGCGUCGUGGAAACGCAAGGCAGCAAAAUACAGAAUGAACCUGGUGCAUACGGUGAACAGACCCUAUGAGAUUGUAAAGCGAAAAAUGGCUGAUGGGACGGCUGAGCCAUGCUUCGUGAUGCAAGCACUUGAAAAUACUACCCUCAAUUCAGCGCAACACGAACGGAAUAUUCAAUGGGCCGCUCUGGGUAUAUAUGGUGGUGGCGCAGACUCGACCACCGCCGGCAUUGAAUGUUUCGUCCUCGCCAUGGUGCUGCACACUGACGAACAGAUCAAAGCACAAGGCGAGCUUGACGCUGUUCUUGGGUCUGGCCAGUUGCCUACCCUGUCUGAUCGCUCCCGCCUACCUUAUGUCGAAGCUCUAUACACUGAGGUUAUGAGGACGUAUACGUUUGUCCCGCUAGGUACUCAUCUCCCAGACCCAAACAGCGAGCCCCCCGAUCUUGACCUUGAUUUUAAUAGGGCUUCCUCGUACCGCUACUGA